AUGACAGGCGAAUCGAUCCAAGACAGGGAUAUUGAGGGCCAGGGGCUAGAUCAUGGCGAGGACAAAAUCGGCACGGCAGAGACAAAAGGCGCGGAGCACGAACAGGGUGACGUCCUCAAGACACAACAAGAAACUCAACAUAUCGGCACUCUAGAAAGGCGGCUGAAGUCCCGUCAUGUGCAGUUCCUGGCCCUCUCCGGUGCCAUCGGUACGGGAUUAUUUGUUGGCAGUGGACAGGUGCUAUCCCUCGCUGGCCCAUUGUCGACCUUUCUGUGCUAUGCCAUCACAGGAUUUAAUCUGUACUGCGUGAUCAACAGCCUGGGAGAGAUGGCUGCAUGGCUCCCGAUUCCUGGAGCGGUGCCAAUUUUCGCCGCUCGAUAUGUUGAUCCUGCGCUCGGCUUCACCUUGGGGUGGAACUAUUGGUACCAGUUCGCAAUCGGUGUGCCUAUCGAGGUGACCGUCUCGGUCGUCGUCCUCGACUACUGGCAUCACUCGAUCCCCCAGGCAGCUCUGAUCACCAUCUUUUUCAUACCAAUGGUCAUCGUCAACUGCUUCCCAGUCCGAGUGUACGGCGAGGCCGAGUUUUUCUUCGGCGCGAUCAAGCUUACAACUAUCGUCGGACUCAUCCUCUUGAUGUUCCUCAUCACCGUUGGCGCGAGCCCAACAGGCGAGCAGAUCGGGUUCCGGUACUGGAAGCACCCAGGGCCGAUGAACGAGUACCUCAAGUCUGGCGCGUUAGGCCGCUUCCUUUCGUUCUUCAAGGUGUUCAUCCAAGCGACAUUUAGUUAUGGCGGUAGCGAGAUGGUAGUUGUCGCAUCUGGCGAAACGGAGAACCCGCGCCGCAACAUCCCCAAAGCCAUCAGGCGUGUGUUUUGGCGUAUUCUGAUCUUCUAUGUUCUCGCGCUCUUUCUCGUGGGACUCUGUGUCUCCUCCAAAGACUCAAAGCUCCUCAACGCGAUCAGCAGCUCCGCGCCCGGCGCUGCUCAGAGCCCCUUUGUAAUCGCCAUCAGCAACGCAGGCAUAAAGACGCUGCCAGGCAUCAUCAACGGCGUGAUCCUGACGUCCGCAUGGUCCGCGGGCAACUCGUUCUUCUACGCCUCGACGCGCGUGCUGUACGCCGCCGCCCUGGACGGCAAGGCACCCGCCAUCCUCAAGCGGGAGCGCUUCGGCGUGCCGUACGCCUGCGCGGCCGCGACGACCGCCCUCUCCUGCCUCGCGUACCUCAACGUGAACAACCGCGCCGCCGAGGUCUUCUUCUGGAUCAGCAACCUCAGCGCCGUGUCGACGCUGAUCGUCUGGGCCAGCGUGUGCGUCGUCUACCUGCGCUUCCACGCCGCGCUCAAGCACAACGGCAUCGACCGCGCCACGCUGCCCUAUCGCGCGCCGGGCCAGCCGUUCCUCGCCUACUUCGCCGUCUGCUUCUGCCUGGUCAUUGCCUUCUUCAACGGCUUCGAUGCCUUCUUCCCUGGGAAGUUCAGCGCCAAGACGUUCGUCCCGCCGUACAUUGACAUACCCAUCUUUCUGUGUCUGUUCCUCGGCUACAAGUUGGCCAAGAGGACCAAGUUCGUGAAGGUCAGCGAGAUCGACAUCUGGUCUGGAAAGGCGGAGAUCGACAGGCUGGAGCCGCACUGGCAGGUCCAGGCGCCGAGGAAUUGGCUGGAGCGCAUCUGGUUCUGGAUUGCAUGA